UCAUUGUGAUUAGGUAAAUCUUAUUUCAAUUCUUGACAUCGUUUUUUUUAUCUUCUCCACAGGUUGCGAUUCUUGGCCCGCAGAUGGCUUCGAGUUGCUGGAUCAAGCAGUUUGACUGGUAAUCGGAAUGGUCACGAUCAGAUGUCAGCUAAUGAACCAAGAGCAGAUUCUCCUUUCCUCCAUUCUGGGAGCAUAUCUUUGGAAUCAAGCCUGUCAAAGGAAUUGUUUGGAGAACAUAGACACAGCACAAGUAGGCAAAGGUCUGGUCAAGAAUCUCCAAGAUCAAUCUCAAAUUCUCAAUCCAGGUAUCAAUCGAGCCUACUUGAUUCUAAUCCAAGUUCUUUGGCAUCUUCACACCUGCAAAAUUAUGACCCUGACAGAGCUUUGACUGAUUAUAUUAAUAGAUUAGAAGCAUUGCAGAGACGACUGGGGAGUGUGCAAUCAGGUUCAACAACUUAUGCUCAAAUGUACUGUGGAACCAGAAGAUAGAGUCUUGGAAGUAGAUUUUGACUUGAAACUGAAUUGCUCUUGAAGCUGGGCUUUGUUUUUCUAUUUUAUGUAAAUUGUGGGACCAUCAUGGAUUUAAUAAUGAAAAUGUGUCUUGCCUGCAAGUCCAAACAAAAUAAUUUAAAUGAGUUUUAUCCUUUAUAUAAGUUUAAGCUUCCAGUGUGCACAAUACAAUCUGUCUAAACAAUUUGUGUAUAUUUGUGGAAUGCUAAUUUAAAAAUGAUUAUAAUUUAAUACUGUUUAUUUAAAGGGUGAAAGGAAAAAUGUUUAUUAAAUGGUUUCAAGUGCACUGCAGUCCCUGUAAUGACUGCUGAGCUUACACUACAUGAUCCAUAAAUAACUAUGGCAUUGUGGACAGUACACAGUUUGUAGAGGAAUUAUUUUUGUAAUGGUAGAAGUUUUGAAUUAUAUGGGCAUUUUGUCAAAGUACUACAAUAAAUAUGAAUUAAAAAUUAAAAUUUUUGAAACUUGCCAUUUUCUCUGUGAAGUACAUGUAUGAAGAUAAAAUUAAAACUCUCUAGGUGGGCUAAUUCCUUAAGAUUUGCUCUUUCAACAAGUUUAAAAAAAAGACUCUUUGUAGUAGUAUACUCUGCCUCUUGCAAACUGGAAUUUGAUACAUUAGACCCUGAAAUUGGAUUCAAAAUGUUCCAAUAAUCUAACCUGUUGUAAUGGUGGCAAAUUUCAGUGGCUAUCUGCAUUUAUGUUUUCCCAUUCUUUUAAUAAGAUCUUUUACUUGUAAUGUGGGCAACAAAUAGAUGUAAUCUUAGGGCCAUUGUCCCUUCCAUGUUUCUGAGGUUGUGUCUAAAUUGAAUUUUCUUCUCUUUCAAUAUGAAAUGUAAAAAUGUGGUCCAUUCUUGUUCAGGUCACUCCUUUCCACAAAUAACCAUGUCUAGCUUGUACCUUUGUGAAUGUAAUCCAAAUAAUUUAAUUCUUGAGGGACGUAGAUAACAGCUGAUAAGAUUUCAAACAGUUAUCUGAAAUUUCUCUUGACUCGGAUUAAUUUAAGGAAAACUCCAGGAAAAUAGUCUUAACAUCGCAUUCUGCCUUAUCAAACACAAAUAGAAUUUCAUAAACUAUAUCAUCAUUUCAGAACUGAAGUCGAAGUUCCAGCAUAUUUAUUAAACAAUUUCUAUAUGUAGCCUUAAAACAGUUAAUGCUGCCUUUAACUACAUUUGUCCAACCUAUUGGAAGGAGUGAAUUCAUCAAACACUUUCAAAUCUUAUAUUCUUGCUCUUUUCUAAAAACCUUCAUUGCACUAAAAGAUCUACUCAGGAAAAGAAGUGUUAAAAUUUUCUUCUAAUAUGAAUUAGCUGUACUGAGGUUUGCCAGGUUUAUACAAAUAUCCUGUAGUACUGGAAGUCACAAGUAACCUACCACCAUUCAAAUUACUUGGGGUUUUCAGCAUUUCAAAUAUCAAAUCAACUUUCCUGGUGGUUUAAAGCUGAGUAAUGCAGAUGAAUAAGUCCUAGUUUUUCCUACUUUCUGGGCAGCCACUGGGACCUUGACUAAGGGAGGAUUUUAGUCCAUUAAAUUCUUUAAAUAUAUCCUCAUAACUUUUCGGUCUUUGCUGAACUCUGUCAAAUGCAUCAAACUGGGUUUCUAAAGUUGGAGCAACUGAAAUUAUAUGUGCCCAUUUUUGCAAUUAGAUUUAAAUGAGCAUGGUCAAACAUUGCCAGUAUUUUCCACUACUUCGUUAGUCUUAUUGAUGAUUAGUUAUCUGAAGCUGGGUUAACUGGCUUGUUUCAGUGAAUGUUAAAGAAUCCUACUGAAAUGAGCAGCAACCUGUGGCUGUGAAUUUAAACCAAGAUAUCAUCUGCUUAUUUAGAUGGUCAAGUGGCCCAAAAAGAAGAAUAAUGUUUCCUGUUACCCUGGCCAAUGUCUGUUCAUAAAUGCCACCAGAACACAUGAUUAUUCAUCUCAUUGUUGUUUGCCUGUUAAGUUGCUGAACUACAAAAGUAAUGUUUCAAAAUAUUAUAUACCAGUUUCAUGUUUCCUGUAACAAUGCAUGUUGCUUUACAUUUAUCUACAUUAAACUUUGUUAUUCCUUAA